UUUGUGUUAUUGCACAAUGAAUACAAAUUAAACGCGGUCCCUCUCUCGAUAAACUAAUAAAAUAAAAUUACCCGUAGCAUUGUGUGUCAGCAAAUCGUUAACUGAUCUUCUCAUCCAGAGCCAUUCGUCCGCAUAUCCGUCAAAUCGCGGUGCGACAGAUAUUAUCUGUAUCUUUUGUUGUUUGUGUUUUUUUGAAAAUUGGAAAUAAUUAUCGUCGUUCAGGUGUUCAGAUGUUAGCAGCAGUGCGUAGCGCCCGUUGAAUUAACCACAACGAUGACCGAGGGCGUCUGACUUACUUUCAAGUGUUUCUAACAACUUUAGAGGGUCAUAAAUCAGCCGACCCGGAGGGUUUUCGCGCCCCUGUCGAAGGACUUGCAGCACACGGUACCAACGGCCGACGUUUACGUGGUGAAUGUGAACUGCAACCCAGAAAAUGCGGUCGAUUCUCACAGCUGUCGUGUUUAUUAUAAUUAAUAUAUCGCUGUCCAGACAGGAGUGCUUUCCUCGUGUUUUAGCGCGGUCGAUCUACUGUUAUGAAUGCGACAGUGCCAUCGAUCCUCGAUGUAAAGAUCCAUUCAACUACACAGCUAUGCCACAGGAUCAACCACCAUUGCAUAGCUGUAACGGGUGUUGUGUGAAAAUGGUACGAUUUGUUAAAACGGAUUACGAAAAUGUCAAGAGAACAUGUACAUCUAAAUUACAAAUUAACUUGUUCAUGGUGGAUCACGUUUGUAUGAUGGAAGGUACAGGUACAGGCCACAUGUGUUUUUGCGAAGAAGACAACUGUAACGAGGCGGCUGAUCAGAUUAAAUCAUGGGCGGUCAUUCCAAUAUUCUUUUUUAUCCUUACCUUCAUGGCCAAUGGAUAUCUGCAAUAGUCAUAACCACAUUGAUAUUUACCUAAGAAUUGCACAAGUGUAAAACAUUCACCAUUACUACAAUUAUCUAUGUAUUUUCUGCAAUUAAAAUGAUUCAAAUGAUUCAGAAUCAAAAUUUUAAGUUAUUAAAUGAAUUUAUCUUAUAUUGUAUAUACACUUCACAUAAGUGUAUCUUUCUUUAAUAAUAAAAAAUACACAUCUUAAUACAAACAAACAAUUUUUUAUU